AUUGUUCAACGAACACUUGACGCGCGGAGGGCAUCCUUUUGCCCCUCAUCACCCCCCAAGUUUUACUACGAUGAAGAUGAUGAUGAUGAACAUCAUCGUCCUCAUCGGUCUCGUCGUGCCAUCCGUGUUGGCACAUCAAAAAAAAUUCACAGUAUGGAGGGUGCAGCCGACGACCCAAGAUCAAGUAGACAUUCUUCAUAAUUUGUAUUUAAACGAUGUAAAGCUAGAUUUUUGGAAAUCCCCGUCGGAAGCUGGCAAGGAGGUUCAUGUGAUGAUAUCCGAUGAGAAAACUCAGCAGUUUAUGAAAGAGCUCGAUGAUCAUUCGAUUAAGCAUUCCGUUAUGAUUGAUGACGUUCAGAAAGUGAUUGUCGAGCAGAAGGAGAAGCGGGAUAAGCUUCGGAAACAAGUUCGACUGCAUGAUUGGAGGGAGCAGAAAGUUCAAUUUAACCUUGCACAAUAUCACUCGUUUGCUGAUGUUAUCAACUACCUGAACUCAUUAGCCAUCACUUAUCCGGAGCUUGUGUCUGUGCAGCCAAUCGGAACGACUCACGAAGGACGGCAGAUCCCGUUGAUUAAGAUCACCAACAAGCGUAACGGAGGUACGAAACGUGGCAUCUGGGUGGACGGAGGAAUCCAUGCUCGUGAAUGGGUGUCACCAUCGACAGUACUCUAUUUCAUUCACCAACUGGUCACCCAGUACGACAAAGAUGUUCAAAUCAAGCAAUUCGUAGAUCAACUCGAAUGGUAUAUUGUUCCACUGCUGAAUCCGGAUGGUUAUGAGUACAGUAGAAGUAGCAAUGAUCCGGAGAUCAGACUGUGGAGAAAGAAUCGAUCACCACCAAAGUGUAUUCAACAGGCAACAGGACUCUUCCAACCUCCCACAACAACCUGCUGUCAAGGUGUCGACCUCAAUCGAAACUUUGACUGGUUCUUCGGACAAGUCGGCUCAUCAACUGAUCCUUGCUCGGAAAUCUAUCAGGGAGCCUACGCCUUCUCGGAGCCCGAGACUGCGGCGGUUAGAGAUUUCGUGCAGCGACACCGUAUUUCGACAUUCCUCACCUUCCACUCGUACUCUCAAAUUUUGAUGUAUCCGUUCGGCCAUCAAGUCAGAACUUAUUCAAAUGAUUUGAAUGAUUUGAGAUCCACUGCCCUCUCAGCAGCUCAGGCUUUGAAUAGUGUCUACAACACGCAGUACAAAGUUGGAACCGGUGCAGAUACACUUUACCCCGCAUCCGGUGGCUCAGAAGAUUGGGCAAAGGGAAAAGCCCACGUCAAGUACUCAUUCCUGUUCGAGUUGAGACCCGAAGAGCAAGUUUGGGAUGGAUUCUUGCUGGCUGAGAAUCAGAUCAUUCCAACAGCUCGGGAAACUUGGGAAGCUGUGAAAGUGAUAGCUUCAAAGACAAUCGAGUUACCAUCAAAUAUGCAUAGAGCGCCGGCAAAGAGAUGCAUCGAUCAUGACUCCCUCUGCCCGUCAUGGGCUCAAGGCGGAGCAUGCGAAAAUUGGCCUGAAAUGCGGAUUCGGUGCCCAAGAUCGUGUCAAGUCUGCGCCUAAUCAAUUUCUAGAUUCUUAAUUUUUUUCCAAUUUUUUCAACAAGAUCAUCAUGACGAUUCUAGUCUCGUUACCAGUUUUUCAAAUUUCAAUUUUUCUGUGUCUUUUCAUUGUGUUUUUUGUGCUCCUCCUUAAUGUUUCGGGUAUCAUACAAUCGUCAGUGCUCGCUUUUCGUUUCCUGUCUGUAUUUAUUGUAUUAUUAUCUUUAUUACUAUUAUCAGAUUUUCGAUUUAUAUGGAUAAAUAUCGUAACGAUUUCGAUCGGGACAUCGGCAGUA